CUCAGGAAGUGGGUGUGAACGGGAGGGCCCGGCGGGCCCUGCCCCGCCUCCGUGCGGAGAGUGAGCAGCGCAGUCCAGUCCUCAGCUGUGGACCGGCAUGGAAGCCAGGCAGGCGGGUCCCGAGGCGCGGGCGCCUUGGCAGGAGAUGUCUGCAGAGGAGCUGGAGAAGCAGUAUUCGCCCAGCAGAUGGGUCAUCCGAAUGGAACCAGAGGAAGUCGUGAGGACCUUCUGGGAGAAGGGAAUUGAGGCCACCAAGAACGCCCGGGCCAGCAGAAGGUGCCAACUGCACGUCCCCUAUGGAGACGGCCAAGGGGACAGAAUGGACAUCUACUUCCCUGAUACGGAGUCGGAAGCCCUGCCCUUCUUCCUGUUUUUCCACGGCGGGUACUGGCAGAGUGGAAGCAAAAGCCAGUCAGCCUUCAUGGUUAACCCGCUGACCGCACAGGGAGUGGCUGUGGCCAUAGUGGAUUAUGAUGUAGCCCCUAAAGGGACCCUGGACCAGAUGGUAGACCAGGUGGCCCGCAGUGUGGUGUUUGUCCAGAAGCGGUAUCCACGCAACCAGGGGAUCUAUCUGUGUGGACACUCUGCUGGGGCCCACCUGGCCAGCAUGAUGCUCCUGGCCAGCUGGACUGAGCACGGAGUGGUGCCCAACCUCAGAGGCCUUUUCCUGGUGAGCGGGCUGUAUGAUUUGGAGCCCAUCGUGUCCACCUCGAACAACACCCUUCUCCUCCUGACCCUGGAGGAUGCGCUAAGGAACAGCCCACAGCGGCGGCUGGACGUGGCCCCGGCACAGCAUGUGGCUCCAGCCUGUCCUGUCCUGGUGAUGGUGGGUGAACACGAGUCCCCAGAAUUCCACCGACAGUCCCAGGAGUUUUGCCAGACCCUGUGCCACAGAGGAUGGGAGGCCACAUUUGAAAAGCUGCCCGGUAUGGAUCACUUCAGUAUCAUUGAGGAUCUGACCAAGAGGGACUGUGUGGCCACCCAGAUCAUAGUGAAAACCAUCUUCCCGAGGCUGUAACGAUGCUGGGCUCUGGCCCAGAGCACCCGCCCUGAGAUCCGUCAGAGCUGGGGUGAUGGCCCUGGGCGUGAGCCGGUCUUCUCACUGCUGUGCGCACUGCUCAGAAUCCACCUGGCCUGGAGGAGCUCCUGGGAAGGGCCGUGCUGUGAGACGCCAUCUGGCCCCUCUGCCUGCUGACAGGUGGACAGAACAGUCACCUCCAGCUUGCUGCUUUCCUGUGACACUUUCUCAGCCUGCUCGGUCUCAUCCCUAGGGCUGCCACCCCCAGCACAGAGAGAGAACCCUGGAGGUGGUAGGAGGAGCCAUCACGCACCCAUGCCCAGAACCAUGGCAGGAACUGUCAUCUCUGUGACUCAGUUUCCCCCAGACCUGUGACCUCCUGAUGGGCCCCAGCCAGUGAUGCAUGUUUCAGAAACGGCUGAUGUAGAUGUUAUGGCUUAACUCUAAAAUGUACACCUAAAGCCUAGUAUGUUUUAAAGAUAAUUUAGGUGCUGGGGAUUUAGCUUCGUGGCAUAAGCGCCUGCCAGACAAGUGGGAGGUCAUAAAUUCGAUUCCUGGUACCAAAAAUAAAAUGAAGAAAUAAAGAUAAUUUGGAUUCAUCCCCA